CACCAAAAUGUCCCCACCCCAAACCUCAGUCCUCAUAACCGGCUGUUCCAACAACAGCCUCGGCGCCUCCCUCGCCCUCGCCUUCCACGCCCGCGGGCUAAAAGUCUACGCCACAGGCCGCAACCCCGCCAAACUCACCCAAUGCUCACUCGCAGGCAUCACCACCCUAACCCUCGACGUCCUCUCCCCCACCUCCAUCACCGCUGCAAUAUCCCAACUCCCCUCCCUCGACAUCCUCGUCAACAACGCAGGCGCAAACCUCCACAUGCCUAUCUCCGAUCUCUCCCUCCCAGCCGCAAAGGAACUCUUCGACCUCAACGUGUGGAGUUAUCUCGCCAUGACGCAGGCUUGUUUACCCCUGUUGCUGAAGAGUGAAACCGGGGGGAUGGUGGUGAAUCAGACGUCGUUGGCGAUGAUCACUGUGUUGCCGUUUCAGGGGGCGUAUUCUGCCUCGAAGGCUGCGAUUUCGGUCUUUAGUGAGACGAUGAGGAUGGAAUUGGGGGUGUUGGGGGUGAGGGUUGUGGAGUUGAGGACUGGGUUGGUUAGGUCGAAUUUGAUUGAGGGGGAGAAUGGCAAGGGGAGGGGGGAUGGGUUGAGGUUGCCAUCGGGGUCGGUGUAUGAGGGGGCGAAGGAGGUGGUGGAGAGGGCGAUGAGGCAGGAGGAGUUUCGGGGGAAGGGCAUGGAUAGGGAUGUUUGGGCGGGGAAGGUGGUGGGGGAUUUGUUGAAGAAGAAGAAGAGGACGCCGAAGGUGGUUUGGAGGGGAGAAAGUGUUUGGAUUGCUAAAGUGGUGGGGUGGUUGCCGGUGGGUUGGUGUGAUUGGUUGUGGGCGAGGGUUACGGGGUUGGAUGUCGUGGAGGGGGUUUUGGGGAGAGAUUCGAAGAAGGAUGUAUAA